GAUAAAAUGGUUGCUACAAGAUGCAUGAUUGUCUCUUGAAUGUAGCAUAAUUUUCUAUAUCAUAUAUACUUAUUGUUUGGCAACCUUUUUUAAGCACUGAUAAACAGUGCAUGUAUUUGGUUUUGUGCCAGGACAAAUGUCCUUAGGUGUACCUUUUUAACUUUAAUGUUACAUAGGAACCCUUUAUCUUUUAUAGAUGCUGGUUUAAUUAGACAGGGGCUCUGGGCUUGUUUCAGCUCAAACAUUGAGAAAUAUCAACAACAAAAAAAACAUCUAAAGAGAAUUUGGUGCUUAAGACUUCUUUUUUUUUAAUUGAUCAUUAGUAGUGACAUGUCAUGAGUGCACAAUAUAAGAAGUGGGCUGGGCCCAAAUCAGACAUGAUUCUAAUGGUUUCCCUCUGAUUUUUUUCCUGGUAUUUCAAGGUUUUGAUUGGAGGAGUGGCUCAGUGGAUCCCAAUCCUUGGAGCCGGAUCAGAGGAGCGUUUAGGGAAGGGAUAGGCAAGGAUGGAUGCUUGGAGACGGAUCAGAGGAGCGUUUAGGGAAGGAAUAGGCAAGAAUGGAUGCUUGGAACGGGAUCCAUUUUCCAGGAAUCAAAUCAAUUGAACUAAUUAAGGAAUCCUAGAUGCAACUUUUUGAAUGGCCCAGUUUAUUUCAAUUUUUGAGCGGUAAAUAUGCGCAGAGUCAAAGGAUAAGGAUUAUUUACGUUUUUGGAGUAAGAAAAGGAAACUGAGGACCAGGAAGUUGGAUCAAAGGAUGCAAGGAGUCUGGCAUGACUGACAGGAAGGCAGUAAUCAAGAAUGCUGACAUGUCUGAGGACAUGCAGCAGGAUGCAGUGGACUGUGCUACCCAGGCCAUGGAAAAGUACAAUAUAGAAAAGGACAUUGCAGCCUACAUAAAGAAGGAAUUUGACAAGAAGUAUAACCCUACAUGGCAUUGCAUUGUUGGAAGGAACUUCGGCAGCUACGUCACUCAUGAGACAAAGCAUUUCAUCUACUUCUACUUAGGGCAGGUGGCCAUCCUCCUCUUCAAGUCUGGCUGAGUUCUCUUUGAGGCCUGGAGUGCCUCUUCCCAACAUGGACUGUAAUGCACUGGUGGCUGAUGUCACAACUUCCCACACACUUCAAAUAUUAAAAUUAAAACAUCCCAUGAUACACAACUGGCUGUGCGCAACUGCAUGGACUAAGAUGUACCAUAUUUAAUGUGUAUAUGUUACAGUAAAAAUAUUACUUUUCACUAGUUUCCAUAAAAUGCAACUGGAAGAGAUUUUUGUUAAUGCUACAUUUUGUUAUAAUUCAUUUGUAAAUGCUUUAACAGUGGCCUUUGAUUGUAUAAUAAAGGAAAGCUAGAGAUUGUAGUUGUGCAUCUGCUUUCCCCCAGAGCUGUUUUGUUUUUAGUGACUUCUGUCCUGUCAUUUUAAAUGUGUUUAGUUGCUCAAGACGUUGACGUACUACAGCAGUUUGUAAUACCUGUAUAUUGCCAGAGGUACAAGUGAGCCUAGCGCAGUGUAUUUGGACAUGUCGUCCCAGAUUUGCAACUGCUGUUAUCGAUCCUAUUAUCUCAUAAUCUUAUUUCACGAGCUGGACUGGCAUUUUUCUAUUGCUAUUUGUAUUCCAAGCUAGUAGAGUUCCUAUGCUAACUUGUUUAGAUGCUUGGAGGUUCCAUUUGCAGAGGGUUGACACCAUCCACACUUGAACCUAUUCUGGCUGUGCAACAAAGGACUGAAUGUUGGCGUUCAGGUCCUUUUGUAGACUUUCAAAUUGUAAGAAAAUAUUAAUCAUUUAGUGGUUACAUCUUUUUACUGUAUUUGCUAUGUUGGUUGUUUCUAGUUAAAUGCAAAUUGCUGUAUGAUUUGCACAGACGUACCUCUUAUUGUUCUCAGUUCAUGGGCACCUGAACUCAAUUGCACUUCACUAAAGGGAUAUUUCGGCAAUGAGGCCCUAGAUCUACUCUCCCAGAGUCCGAUUCACUUGAUACCAUUGUCUGUCCAGUGUGGAGGUAGUUUCGUGAGCUAACGCUAACUAGCGUUGGUGUAAUGACUUGAAGUUGCUAGUAGAUAACCAUAGACUUCCAGUCAUCGCGCUAACGGAUCAAAGUUAUAAUUGACUCCCGGCAAGUAGCUAAAGGGCCUCGUUACCAAAAUGCUGAAGUGUCCCUUUUAAAGGUGUCCAGUAAACUUGGAAACUUUAAUAUAGUCAAUGUAUAAUCAAGCCAAUGAUUAAACGUUUCAUUGUAUCCUGA